AUGCCUUCGGGCCAAACAGGCGCGGGCGCCUCGGACCAGCCCAGGGCCAGCAACGAGUCCCGCUGGAAGGUAUGGGGCCGCACCGCCUUUGACAAGAGCAUCGUCAUCUCGGACUGGGCCGCCGGCUAUGCCAAUGCCGGAUCCGCCAAGCUCGGAGGCGAGCGUUUCUUCCCCAAGAGCAACGACUUUCCCGAAGAGGUCGACAAGUGCGAGCGCAUCCUCCGUGCCUUUACCGUCGAGGGCGUCGCCGCCGAAGUCAAGGAGGUCGACGUGCCCGACGGCAAGGGCUCGUUUAUGAAAAAGCAGCGCAAGGUGCUGCGCAAGAUCCCGCCCAAGCUCAUAAAGCAGGCGCGCGGCAUCAUCAUCUACACCAGCAUGAGGUCCGGCAUCGCACCCCUCGGCGGCUCCGGCGGCGUGGGCCUCAUGAUGGCCCGCCUGCCAGACGGAAGCUGGUCGGCGCCCUCGUCGAUCACGCCAAACAACUUUGCCGUGGGCCUGCUGCUGGGCUUCGACAUCUUUGAUGCCAUUCUCCUUGUCAACACCGACACGGCCAUGGAGAAAUUCAAGGGCCACAAGGUGACGCUGGGCGCCGAGACCGCCGUCGCUGCUGGGCCCUUCGGCGCCGGCAUCUCGGGCGAGAUGGGCCUGGACAAGACGCCAGUCUACAGCUAUGUCCGCAGCCGCGGUCUGUACGGCGGUGUCGAGGCCAUAGCCCAGGCCUUCCUGCACCGCUUCGACGAAAACGAGCGCGUCUACUACUGGCCGGGCGUCACGGCGUCCGACAUCUUCGAGGGCAAGGUACGCCUGCCGCCGCAAGUCGAGCCCCUCCAUCGUGCGCUCCGCGACGCCGAGCUCGGCAUCGCCCAGGGCGAUUCUCUGGACAAGACCAUCUACGAAAAUGUCCUUGCCCCGCCCAACCGGGCCGUCAGCGUGCUCCAGCAGGACGAAGCCAGCGAGAUGCUGCAGGACGGCGAGCGCCUCAAGCUGCCACCGACGCCCGAGGAGCUCGACGCGAUGGAAGAGGCCGGCAUCCCGGACGAGUACGACCUCGAGCUGGAGCGCCAGGCGCUUCAGGAGAGGCUAGAGGCCGAGAAGCGCGAGCGCGAAGAGAUCCGCAACCUGCCGCCGCCGCCCAAGCACCCCGACGUGGUCAAGUACUGGGCCAACCGACCGCGGCCGGGGGCCAACAGACGUGUGCCACCGCCCUUGAGCCCCGCAGGCAACUCCCUCAGCUCGAGCCGCGUGGCGAGCCCUUCGCCUCUUCGCAAAGAGGCUGCGGCCGCUGCCGAUUCCGGAGACGUCGCCAUGGACACCGCGGCUGCAGAGGCUGCCUCGGCGAGCGAGCGAGCCGUCGAUGACAAGGUCCAGGAGGUCGAGCAGGACAUAUCGCAAAAGGGUAGCUCCGGCCUAGACGAGCUACCCAUUGAUAGCGAGGCUCCACCGGUCUACGAAGAGGACGCCGAGAAGAUCGUUGCGUCGGACGACAAGAAAGACAUAGAGCACGUUACUGCCGACACCUCGAGAGACUCCGGCCAUGCCUCGAUGGCCGCCGCCGACACCGCCGCUGAGCCUCUCGCAAACGGCGGUCUCGUAGCCGAACACAGCGACAAACCAGAUGGAGAAGACGUUCCACACCAGGAGGGUGGUGCGCAGAAGACGAGCGACGACACGAACGGCCAAGAGGCAGCCGCCGAACUCACGAAGCAGGCUCCGGAGACGCAUGCUGUCCUCAACGAAGCGGGCAUCGAGAGCGAGGCAGAGACCGACGACUUUGAAGAUGCCUUGACGGCAUCCGAGAGCGCGCCCGUCCAGCUAGGCCACGUUGCAAGCGAACGCGCCACGGAUCUCGCCGAAAUCCCUCCCACACCCAAGAUCGCCGAGCCGUCGUCGCCGGCGCCUGCAUCGCCCCGACCCUUGUCACCUCGACCAGAGUCGGCGCGCAGCGUGGAGGCCGCCAGCUCGGUCGGCUCGCACGGCGCCUCGGAAGGUACUGCCGCGGGUGAAGGGUCCCAGAAACCGGCGCGCCCUGUGCGGCCGCCGCGGGCUCGCGCUCGGCCCGUGAGCACUCUGGUCACCGAGGUGCCAGACCGUUCGGCCAAUGGCUCUCCCGGUCUCCUCUCUCCCCACGGGGCGCUGGACACCACGCCAACGACGGCGAUUGCCGAGGAGCAGUCCAAAGCGCCGCGCAUGAUGGUCUUCCUCGACUGGGACGAGACCAUCACGGCGCAGGACACGCUAUCGCUCAUCGCCCCUCCUGCGGGGACGCAGCAAGACGGCGAGGACUUUGCGCACUACACCGAGGCCUACAUGACCGACCUCUCUUCGCACGAGCAGACGUUUGGCGAGCGGGACACGCUAGAGAAGCAGACGGCCUACCUCGAGAGCAUCGACGAGGUUGAAAAGACGAGCGUCAAUCGCGUAGAGCAGGGCGGUCUGUUUGUCGGCGUCAAGAUGGCCGACAUCCAGCGACGCGCCGAGACGGUCUCGUUCCGGGAUGGGUGGGACGGCGCGCACGAGUGGCUCGAGCAGAAGGCCGAGGAGGGCGACGCCGAGACGGACAUCAUCAGCGUCGGAUGGUCGGCCGAGUUUAUCCGCCACGCGCUCGCACACCGCCGCCGCUCGCAGCGGCCGCGCGAUUCGGAGCAGGCCAGUCGGGUGCCCAAGAUCAUCUGCGCCAACGAGAUCGAGAUGCGGACCGACGAAUCCGGCGAGCAGGUGGGCAGCGGCCGGCUCACCAAGAGCAAAGAGGCGCUCGACCUGGCCACCGACGACGGCGAGUCGUCUCGGUCGGGCAUCCGGACGGGCGUCCACAAGCUCAACGAGCUCAAGCGCCUUCGUUCCCGCUCCGCCCCUUCGUCUUCGUCGUCGUUCAAGGCGCCCGUCACGGUGUACGUCGGCGAUUCGAACACGGACCUGCCGUGCCUCCUCGAGGCUCGAUACGGCCUCCUCAUGGGUGGCAACGAGAGCCUCAAGGCCACAAUCGCCAGAGUGGGGCUGCAAGAGAAGCUGCAGGACGCCGAGGAGUGGCUCAAGAUCCAAGAAGGCGAGGACGGGGGAAAGGACACGGACACGGGAGACACAGAAACGGACACGGACAUGCAAAACACCCUGAUCGCCGUGCGGGACUGGGACGAGGCUGUCAAGGUCCUCGAACGCAUCCUGGCGCGUCACUCGGCGCAGACUGACAAUGUAGCAUAG